AUGCAAAAAUUCAAAAAAAAAGUAUAUAAAAAUAUAGUGCUUGUAGAGACAGAUUUUUUUCUUAGACUCUAUUUCAUAUUUCUAAGAACGAGCAUAAAGACCCGUAGUCGACCAACAAUCUACCCACCUCUGUACGAGCGUAAAAACAGUAAAAUACGUAAAACAGUUUUACAUUUCGAUCGCCUUGUCACAACAAGUCACGCGACAAGUUUCCUCAAGCAUCAUCGGAGCAGCGUUGAACCGUAGGUUGCGCGUAGAACCUUUUUCAGAGCUCGAUCGAUCUCAUCGGUCGAGAAGAGAGACAGACGAGUCGUCGCCUAGGAAGCGGCGGUUCAAGGUUUCGGCGCGUUCACACCGAAUUGUUCGCCAACGAGACGAAAAGUGUUCGCCGAACGAAAGGGAGGGCCAGUGGCCAGUGUUCUUUCCUCGUACGAGCGAUCGCCUAACGAAAGAUUGCAUGCCUCGACAGAGCAACGUCAGCUGCCAGCGAGCAGCAGAGGGUGGCUGCAAGCUGCCGCAACCAGGAACCCACGGGCUGGUUCGCGUUUCCGCUGGCGAACUCCUCGGCAGGACCCACGAGGAGCUGGUGCUUCUGUUGAUCCAGCUACGCCGGCAGAACGCAACCAUCUACAAAGCAAUGGAGACUUGCCAGAUGGAGAUCGAGGCACAGGUCCGAAGACAUUUUCAGAAACUCAUUUGGGACCCGAUGGUGCCUUCGUCAGAGCCGAUGGUGUCGCCGCUGAUGUCGUUUCUGUCCCUUCGAUAAAAGCAAUGGCAUUCCUUUCAUUACCAUCAAAUGCUUUACAGGAGUAUUACAUCGUGAAGCGUGGAAAUUUGCCCGAUGUGGCGCUUAAAGUGGCGAUCUUUUGUGACCCGCAGGCUAGAUUGGCAGAGCUCGAUACUCCGCGACGAUUGGAGAACCUUCAGAAACUUGAGGAACUGAAGAAGCACCUGAUGGAUCUCGAGAAGCAGUACGAGAAGGGCAAGCCGCUGGUGAACCUCGUGGACAAUAUGGUGAAGUUGGGCUCCCUGUACAAUCGCAACACUGCCAAUGGGACCAACAGUGUCUCGGGUUCCCGACACGAUCUAGCACACGACAAUUCCAGGGAUCAUCGUUUGGAAUUCAAUCAGAAGGUGCAGGAGCAACGUUUGCUCGCCGAGGAGCGCAGGGACUGGGAUCGAUUAAGUCCUGACCAUGGACAAUUACAGGCCAAGGUGCAGCAGCUCUACAAACUGGAUCGCCUGCUCCAGGAGGAAUCCGGAACACUUCACAGUCUUCAGCAAGACAAGGCGAGUAAGGGUGCGAUCGAGAUACUGGAGAAAGCACUAGGUGGUCUCCGGCACAAACUGCAGGGCAGUAGGAGCAAUUUAGCGGAAGCUGAGAGAUACAGGAAGCAGCAGCUGUUGCUGGAGAAAGAGCUAAGCAGAGUGAGAGUGUUGCUGGCGCACAACUCGAAGAAACUCGAGGAGACGGUCGCCGAGAAUGCGAGAUUGGAACAAGACUUGGUGGUACUGCGGCAGAAGCUUCAGGCAUCGAGAAGAUAUGCAGGGAAUCUGACUAGAGACACUUCGGCCACGACUGGCCCCCUUGAAGCCGAGUUGAGAAGAGUUCAACAAUUGGUCGGAGAUCUGCAGAGACAACGAAAGGAAUUAAGCAUUCAAGUUAGACAGCUAACAGAGAAAUCUCACAAUCUGGUGCAGCAAAUCCGACCGCAACCUACAUCUGCUCCCACAGUGCACCAGCCAAAGAAACGGACACAAAACUCUUGGUUGGAGACCGAUCUCGAUUCCGGGAUAACAUUGGACCACGGCUUGGAUUCACCAUCGAGUCCCGCGCUGUCCUCGUCGCCUCGUGGCAAGCAGAACGGUGGACCGUAUCCUCAUUUCGGUUCACCGACGCAGAUCAAAGACUCCUCGCCCACGAAUCGUCAGCAAACGAACUUACAAUCGUACCCUCAGUCGCCGCAGAAUCACAUUUCCUCGCUCUCGCCCCAGUUGCGCGAACAGAUUCAACAGCAUCAGCUGAAGCAACAGCUUCUGAAGGAUCAGAUGCAAGGGAAAGGAAGCCUGAUGCAAGCGAACGUCGCUCCGUUAUACGUCAACACGGAUUCUAGGAUUCAAGAGAACAACAAGCAGGAUGAACAUUUAACCAACGGCACGAUUCCUCCACCGGAAUAUGUUCCACCUCCGCCACCGCCACCCCUGGCCGAAGAAUCGUUACUGAACGAUAAUUACAGACAGAACGAGGACAACAAGUUUGCCGGCUUGAUCCACAAUCGUGAGAAACAAGAGAUUAAGACCGUGCGAAUCGUGAAACGGGAAUCGGAAAGACGGCAAAGAGAUCGGGGAGACAGAACUGGAAACAUUGGAAUUCCAUUAACAAACGGGCUUCAGGCGCCUGGAGGUGCCAAGAGAUUGUGCGACGAUGAUUUAGGAGGUUCUCAGAAAUUCGAGAAGGCUCAAUUAGGAAAGGUGGUAGAAGAGUCGCCGAUGAUUCACGCUCAAAGCACAGUCCAGCUGACGGACUUGGACGAUGUGCAGUUCCAAAGAAGCAUGUCCUUACCGAGAGGUUUUGGCGGACAGCGGCAACAGCAGCCCGAGAUUCAUCAGGUUCCGGUGGUGCCUCCUCCCAGGAGCGACAGCAUGCACGCAUUGAGAACUAUGCUGGCCAGACGGAAUAAAGUCAGGUUCGAAACCCAGGACGGAAGCUCGGACAGUACUCUUUCACCGUACACGGAGAGCCUAGCCUCGAGCUCGCAUCUACCUAUGAGCUCGCCGAAUUACUCGACAAGUCCAUCCUACAGCCCCAGCCAGCAAAAUUAUCCAGUUAGGUCGAGCCAUCAUCAACAACUGUAUUACCCACCGUACAGACACUAUGAGAAUCCCACGACGAGAAACGACAACAUGACAGAGCCAGUGAGUCCAGAAUUAUUGUCACCGACCAGCCUCGAAGGCCAGGAGAGACAGUUCGCCUCUUCGUUGAACGCGUCGAACUCACCGCAGCUGUCACCAGUUUUCAAGAGCGAGGCAGCGAAGCAGAUUAUCAAGGAGAUGACGGAGAAAAAGGUGGAGGGGCCGAGGCGCAGACAGAUCCCCCGCGAGAAAAGGCGACACUAUACCGUGUCCAGUAGCAAACCCGUCCUCGAUCUAGAGGACACCUUCUCCAAGAUGGGAAUGGGUAGAGCUAGAGAUGAUCUGGAUAUGGAGCGAGCACUUAGGCCGAGGAUCAACGCGCCGGAUGUCGUGAGAUCGACUUUGAGUCACAAGGAGCUGAAGUAUAACGAGAGUACUAUUGACCAGUUGUUGGGAACGCCUAAUAAGAUCGUGAUUCCUGAGAGAUAUAUUCCUGAACAGACGCCAGAAUUAACUGCGGAAGAGCAGGAGCAACGAUUGAAGAAAGCAGAAGCGAUAAGGAAAAUGCUGUCGGAGACAACCGUGACUGCACCGGAUGGAAGCGACGACAAUAUUAAUAUCGAGCAAUCGGACAGCUUGAAGAGAAAGGUAGUGGAAGAGAAGCGGCAAAGGGAGCAUAUUUUACAGCUAAAUCAAAUUUUGGCGAAGCAGGUGAUGGAGAAGAGCAAGAUGGUGGCGGUGAAAGCACUGGCCACUCUUCCAUUGAAGACCGAAUCGAGCUUAGAAGACGAGGAUCUCUCGCCGGUAACGCCAUUACCUCUCUAUCAACAAAGAGAGAAUUAUUACUCGUAAGAUGAUCUAGGUUAAUGUCUUUCGGACAUAGCCACGGGAAAACUAAAUCCUUUUUAGCACAAAAAAAAAAAAA